AUGCCAGACCGCAGCCCCUCAUAUGAUUCUCGCGAUGGAAGCUCCCCGGAGCCAGAGCGCAAUCGCGAACGCCCAGUCGACCGCGACAAGGGCCGAGAGAAAGAGAAAGAAAAGGAAAUAAGAGAUCGCGAAAGGGACCGCGCCAGGGACCGAGAAAGAGACAAGGAAAGAGAUCAAUACCGCGACAUGGAGAGAGAUCUGGACAGAGACAUAGAUCGCGACAUUGACCGUGAUGUUGAUCGCGAUAUUGAACGGGACAAAGAGAGGGACAAGGAGCGAGACCGAGAGAAGGAGAAAAUUCGCGACCGCGACAGACUCUUGAACGACAAAAAAGAUAAGGAGCGCGAAAAGCCACUCGACGAAAAAAAAGAUCGCAUCAAACCAAUGGACGACAUAAGAGACAGUCGAGAUAACUCUCCCGGCGACAGGCGGGGAGACCGCAACAAACCACUAAACGACGGGAGAGACAUUCGCGACAAGUCACCAGAUGACAGAAGAGACCGAGAUCGCAACAAGCCGCUGAACAAUCGAAUGGAUAGCUUCGAUAGUUCACCAGACAAAAAGGACCGGAAGCCACUUAACAGCCGAAGGGAUAGCUAUGAUAGUUCACCGGAUAAGAGAGACCGUAAACCCUUGAACAAUCGGAAGGAUAGCUACGAUAGUCUGCUAGACAAAAAGGACCGGAAACCACUGAACAACCGAAAGGAUAGCUACGAUAGCUUACUAGACAAAAAGGACCGGAAACCACUGAACAGCCGAAAGUAUAGCUACGACAGUUUGUUAGACAAGGACCGAAAACCAUUGGACGACAGGAGGGACAGCCGCGAUAGGUCGCCGGAUGACAGAAGGGACCGGGAUCGCAGCAAGCCACUGAACAAUCGAAGAAAUAGUUUCGAUAGUUUACCAGACAAAAAGGACCGAAAACCCCUAGACGACAGGAGGGACAGUCGCGACAGAUCGCCCGAUGACAAAAGAUACCAGGAUCGCAACAGACCUCUGGAUGACCCAAGGGACAGUCGCGAUAGAUCACCCGAAGAUAGAAGGGAUCGGGAUCGCAACAGACCACUCGACGAUAGAAGAGAUAGUCGGGACAGAUCACCAGAUGACAGACGAGACCGAGAUCGUGUCAGACAAUUCGAUGAUAGAAGGGAUAGUCGUGAUAGAUCACUCGAUGGAAGAAGAGACAGUCGCGACUACGGAAAAGAUAGAGACUACGACGAUCCGAGAGACAGUCGACAUGAUGUUGGAAGGGACCAUGUCAAUGGUAGAGACAGACUCAAAGAUCGAGACGUCGACAGACGCCGCGACAGUCGUAUUACUCCACGCGUAGCUCGAGAACCCCGAGAUCAUCCCCCAUCUGCCAGCAAGCGAAACAGUAUUACAGGCCGUCUCCUCGGAUCGUUCAGAGCAGCUCGUGGUGGCGGCGAUAAAGAAAAGGAGAUUCCUAUACCAGCAGCCGCAGCUUCGAUUCAGCGCCGUGCCUCUACCGCUGUUACAAAAGGCAGCCCAGUUACUCGU